AUGGUAUCUUUGAAGUUCCGAAGAGACGUUAAGGCAAAAGCCGAACAAAAUGGUCAACAAUUAACUGAAAUUGAGGUGAGUAAAGGCGGUGAAAAGAUCUUGAAUGAGAGCUCUUCGAUAGCGUCAAAAAGUGAAGACAGUGAGGAGAUUACCAAGACUCGGGGUGUUACCAGAAUUGAGGCGGUUAAAAAACAUAUGACAGGUAAAUUCUUCUGGUUAUUUGUCGUUUCCAUCAAUAUAACAUCUUGGGUUUUGGCAUUAGACUCUUCUACUACUUCAAGUUAUCAACCAUAUGCGACAUCUAGUUUUGAUAGGCAUUCAAUGUUGUCAACAUUAUCCAUUGCAAAUUCAGUUAUCGGAGCAGUAUGCCAACCGUUUAUCGCUAAGAUAUCGGAUCUAACUUCCAGACCAGUCACAUAUGCAGUUGUUUUGGUAAUGUACAUUAUAGGAUUUGUUGUCACCGCAUGUUCUCCAACAAUUUCGGCCUAUGUUAUUGGUUCGGUCUUCAUUACUAUUGGCCAAAAUGGUUUAAAUUUACUAAAUUCUAUUGUUAUAGCUGAUAUGACCGAUUUAAAAUGGAGAGCUCUGUUCACUUCUCUAUUGUCUGUCCCAUAUUUAGUAACUACAUGGGUAUCAGGUUACAUCACACAAGAUAUCAUUGAUAGCAAUUGGAGGUGGGGAUAUGGUAUGUUUGCAAUCAUUACUCCUGUUGCUUUGACUCCAGCGAUCCUUUUAGUAUCAUACUUAGAUCGUGAGGCAAAUAAGAGAGGAGAAAUUCCGGUAGGUACAGACCCACUAGCACAAAGCAAGAAACAUAUUGAGGAAGAAGGUGUCAAAGGUUUCAAAGCUAAGUUGGUGUUGCUGAAAUCAGCCCUAAUUGAAAUAGAUGCAUUUGGAUUAAUAUUACUGGGUUUUGCCUUUUCGUUGAUCUUGCUUCCAUGUUCUCUAUAUCCAUAUGCCAAGGAAGGUUGGAGCAAUCCAAGUAUGAUUGCAAUGGAGGUAGUUGGGGGUAUUCUCUUAAUAUGUUACGCCAUUUUUGAGAUCUGGAUUGCGCCCUUCCCGCUUCUACCAAAAAGGGUCUUAAUGAACAGAACAUUUAUAUGCUGUGUUAUAAUUGAUUUCAUUUAUGAAAUGGCAGGGUACUUCCCAUUGUUAUAUUUUACCUCAUACACUCGGGUAGCAUUAAACUUAUCGAUUCAACAUUGGACUUAUCUAUCUAAUAUCACUACUAUGGGUCUUUGCUUUUUUGGGGUGUUCUGGGGUGUCUUGUUUAGAAUUUUCCGCCGUUACAAAGUUUUCCAAGUCGGUGGUACUGGGAUUAAACUAAUUGGUAUGGGUCUGUACGCAGCUGUCCCACAUCAAGAUAUGGCAGCAACUAUCUCUGUUUUAUCCCUUUACAGUUCAAUUGGUGCUGCUAUUGGAUCUGCGAUUACAACAUCUAUCUGGACCUCUGAACUUCCCAAGGCUUUACUCAAACACAUCCCAGAUCCAAAGGUUGCAAUGUCUUUCUUCGAAGAUAUUAGUUUGAUUGCAGCAGAGCCUUGGGGGUCAGCUUAUAGACUUGGAGCUAUUGAAGCCUAUCAGGAAGUGUUGUAUAAACUGUUCUGUAUGGGUGUUGGUGUCAGUUCUAUUAUGUUAAUAACGGCUAUGCUUCAAACGAACUAUUACCUAGGUGAUCAACAGAACUGUAUCGAAGGUAAACAGGUGGAAGAUUAUAAAUAUAACCCUGAUGGCUCCAAGAAGACUUUGUUGGAUAGAGUAACUGACUUUUGGAACAAACCAAUGUAUUAG